AUGGCGGAGGAAGCAUUGCCUCAGGCGCCGGGCACGAAACGGACCAUUUGUCCCAACUGUGGCAAUUUCUACAGCAGAGAACUAGCAGAACGCCCACCUUCUCCUCGCAGACGAAUUCGGCAGGAUAGAUCCAGCGUGGAUCAUCUUACAAUGAAAGCCAGCUUUGGGGCAGCUAAGGAAAAGCCCACUCACACAAAUACAAACAGAAAUAGCAGUAAACAGGGAGGCCGUUUACAAGUCAUUGCCAACUUUUUUCAAAAUCUUGCCCCAACACGCAGGGGAUCUCAGUCCCAGAACACCCAACAAAGUGAUUCCCCUGUACCACCAGAACAGUCUACCAGUCACACAGAUCUUCUGCCUCCUAUCAGCAGUUCUCACCUGAUAGCAUCAAAAAGUCAUAAUACAUCUUAUGCUAGUCAUGCAUAUUUAAGCUCACCGAGAGACUUGUCACCUGGGCAAAAAAAUUCCAUUGUGAUUACUAAUUCACCAUCUCCCAUCAGAAGAACUGUCGAGCAGUUCCGAGAGGAUGUGCUACGUGCAAAGGAGUCUGGAAACUGGCAGCCAGUCUUGGAUUUCUACUCAGCAGCAUUUGACUCCUUUAUAGAGCUGAACAAAACUUUUAAAAAAGAUCCAGAAAAAGAAUACAAAACAGCUGAAAAUCAUGGAAUUCAGAUAGAGUUUGUGAACACAGUGUAUGAUUCUCUGAUGAAAGUGCCAAAUGAGGUCUCCAAGGAAACAUUGAAGGCCAUCAUCAACUGUUUGCUGAAGGACAAGAGGAAUCGAGACCAUUGGCUGUGGCCUCAUGGCAAGGAUGAUCUUCGAGCAUAUCUCAUCCUCUUACAGAACCCACAGUUCAGCUCAUUAUCUGCAUACGUGAUAUUUGCCCAUCUUCUACGACAGAUUGCUAGCUUGAGCGACCAUGACCACCACUUUCUGGUUCACUGGAUCAAACAAUUACAGAAAGAUCGCUUUAGGGGCAUUCUGGAACGACUUCACAAUUUCAUUGCCUGUCGCUUGUUUCCUCCAAACCCUGAAGAUCUGCCAUCACUUGGAAAAUGCACCUGGUGGAUACCAAGUGCUACAAAAGUGAUGGCUCUUUUUAACGCUGCCAACAACCUUACAAGUCCGGUGCCACUUGUGCCUCACACAGAUUUCUAUAACAGCACCCUAGAUCACCUGGAUCUGAUGGCUGAAUAUUAUGCCUGGCAGAAUCCAAGCUCUCAUGCAGGGUUCUCAUUCUGUCAGUAUCCUUUCAUCUUGAGCAUUGCUGCAAAGCGUAUGAUUCUGCAGAAGGAUUCUGAACAACAGAUGAUCAUUCAAGCUCGACGAAGUCUUGUGGCUAAAGUGCAACGGCGGCAGCUGCCAGAUGUGGGAAUGCUGUUUCUUAACCUUACUGUCAGGCGCUCACAUCUUGUUUCAGACUCUCUGAAUGAGAUUGCUCACAAGCAACAUGACUUAAAGAAGAAGCUGAAAGUGUCAUUUGCUGGAGAACCUGGUCUGGACAUGGGGGGGCUCACCAAAGAGUGGUUCCUCCUGUUAAUACGCAAAAUAUUCCACCAAGAAUAUGGCAUGUUCACCUAUGAUAAGAGGGCAGGAGUACACUGGUUUAGUCUAGCCCCAUGUGAGAACUACCAAGAGUUUAACCUUGUUGGAGUGCUGAUGGGCCUUGCAGUGUACAACAGCAUCAAUCUGGAUGUGCGGUUUCCCAGCGUGUGCUACCGCAAACUGCUGUCCCCGGCUGUUGUUCCCUUUCACAAUCCUCGUGCUACAGUGGGAGUUACUACUUCCAGCCUUGAUGACCUCAAGAAAAUGAUGCCAGAUGUGGCUCGAGGAUUACAGGACCUACUGGAGUAUGAUGGAAAUGUAGAAGAAGACUUUGAACUGAGCUUUCAGGUGUCUCAAACAGAGUUUGGUCAGUUGAAAGCCAUUCCACUAAAGCCUGGGGGUGAAAACAUACCUGUAACAAACAGCAAUCGAGAAGAGUAUGUACAACUGUACGUUGACUGGCUGAUCAACCGGGGAGUGUAGCAGUUUGCAGCAUUUUACCAUGGCUUCCACAGUGUCUGUGCCUCUAAUGCUCUAAUUAUGCUUCGGCCAGAAGAGGUUGAGAUGCUUGUGUGUGGAAACCCUACACUGGUUAUGAGUGAGCUCAAAAAGGUCACCAUCUAUGAUGGGUACUUUCCUCAUGAUCCAACCAUCAGAUACUUUUGGGAUGUUGUACUUCACCUACCACUGGAGAUGCAAAAGAAAUUGCUGUUAUUUGCCACAGGCAGUGACCGUGUGCCUAUUGGUGGCAUGGGCGAGAUGACUUUCAAAAUUUCACGUAUUAAUGAUCCGGAUUUGCUCCCAAUGUCCCAUACUUGCUUCAAUCAGCUGGUCCUGCCACCAUACAAAACCCGCAAGAUCCUCAAGCACAAAAUCCUUACUGCUAUUCAGAAUGCUGAAGGAUUUGGGCUGGAAUGACUGUUCUUGCAUAUCAGUGCUAAAGAAUCUCAUAGAGGAAUUGUUCUCUCCCUAUAUGCUGCUGAAUGUUAUAAUUUUCUUAGCCUUGUGGUGACUUUAUACUGCAUAAAGAAAAAAACUCUUGCAGAAAACUUACCACUGCUCACAACUGUGAUAGAUGCCUAUGAUGUAAAUUAUGUUUAUGUCACAUCUCCACUUAAAUAAUAUUUAUUUAGUAAUUGUUUAUUGGUUUCUUUAUUAUUUAUAUUAAUGUAACAUAAUUUACUAGUGUAAUAUAUGUAUUGGUUUAUGUAUUUAUGAUGUGAUUUAAAUGAGACACCUUUAUUAUUUAUUUGAGUGGUAGUAAUUAGAAAUGCUUGGUGAAUUAUCAUUUUUAUUUUAUGUAUGAGCUAAGCAGUGGUGAAGAUUUUAUUUCAAGUUUUAAACGAUCACUUCACUUUAAAAAAAAAUACUGUGAUAAUUGUUAUUCCCCAGUGUACUCCUAGAUGUAUUACAAGAAUUUAGUAGGAAAAGACAGAAGUAUAGAGCAGAUAACUCUAAAAUGCCAUUUGUGUACAAGAUAAAAGUAAUGUCCUGUAGCAUAUCUUUGCUAGAUAUUCAAAAUUUAAAGAAGACCAGAGUUGAUAUCUAGUGGGAAAGUCAGUCAUGAUAAAUGUUGUUAAGUUAAUGGGUGGAAACAAGCAGUAUAUUGAGUACUGGCUGAUAUUAAAUGGCUGAUUGAUUUGUUAUCCUAAA